AUGAAAGUCGAAUGUGGAGAGAUUUACGAACAUAUCUCAUUUGAUCCUCUUUUAAUUGGACAAUCAACUCUUAUUUUAUCAGAGAAUACAGCUAGAUUACUCAAUGGCCGCUUAAUUCAAGUUGAAGGAGGAAAUAUCAAAUUUGAAGACUCACAAUACCUCUGUAAUAUAGUUUUUUCAGAAGGAAAGUCCAGUUCAAUAGAGAUACCAACGAGGUUGCACUUCAGUUCCAUGAAUAUUCAGAGUCACUUGCUUAAUAUCAAGUCAUCAGAGAAUUCCUCACUUUCAAUUGACAAAUUAAUCAUCAGUGGUAGCUCAAAUGUUUCGUUAGACCACAAUCUACCAAUUAUUGGCCAGAAUUUAGUUCUCUUUGGCCGAGCAAACUUAAAUUGCGACAAAAUCAGCUUAAACUCGUUCAGUUCCAUAGAAACAUCACUUGAUCCCUCUUCCCUUCCAACAUUUGUCACAUCUCAGCUCAAGAUAUUCAUUCCUGUUGGAUUUGAGCAGACAGGCUUCAUCAGAUUCGACAAACUAUCGUAUUCCAGCCUGACUCUCUGUCUAAAGCACAACAUUGUAUCAGGAGAGACACGGUCCAGCUACGACAAGCUCGUGAACAAGUUCAUUCCACUGAUUUCAUUCAAAGACCAACAUAAAAGUAGCAUUCUAAUCGAAAUCAGCGAAAGCAGAGAUCCGUGGGAGGACACAACAACUCUCUUCAUUUCAGAAAGAGUGUUAUUCGAUAAAAAGUGGAUUGACGAUAAUUACGGUUUUGUAAUUUUGACAAAUCCAUCAGACACAUACAAAACAUUUAUUUACUCCAAUUCUGCGAUUUCAUCUUCGUCCGAAACAGUUGUGAACAAGACGAACAAGUGGUACGACGAGCGGAACUACAACAAGUACACGAAGGGAGUCAUGUUCAUCGUUCACGACAAUUUCUCUGAUGACUCCAUCGAUCUCCAGAAAAUUAAAAAAUUUGGCCAAAAAAUUUCACUUCACAUCACAAAAAGUAACUAUUUUGGAAGUGAAAACCAUCCUUCUGUCAGUCUGAACAUCGACAAUAUAUCUGAUGUCUGCGAAUCACUAACUUUGGAAAGUGUCAAUAUUAAGUUUUUGUCUGAAAUAGAAAAUAAGGUUAAAUUGAAAGGUUUACAGCUCUCAAAUCUGUCACAUUCGAAAGCAGUGAUUUUGUCAUUGAAAGCGAUUUGA